CCAGAAGCGCAACUCACCUCGCCCUUCAUUUGCCAUUCGACAUGUUAGCAUACGCAUCCGUAACGAGCCGAGCACAAGCAUGACAGCUAUGAUACCGCAGACGUACGCGAUCGCAGCCAGCUCUACCGACAUUCCCCCCCUCGCCGAACUGUCCCGCCAAGUCGAGUCGUCAUGUUCGUUCGCAGAGCGUGUCUAAGAAGAGCAUUCGCUACCGUCACCAACCGCAGCCUGCGCCCUGCCCACGAGAAUACCCACCCCACUCCGAUACCGUUGCCUGCCGGCGCCGCGGCUACGCCAAGCCCCCAGCGACGGUACGCCUCUGUCGUCGCCGCCCCGGUCGCCGCCUCCGCUAGCGAGCCGCACGAGGAGGCCAAGCAGCGCAAGGUAUCACGCCCUUGGAGACCCACGAAACCCGACAUCUACGAGGAUCCAGACCCGCUUCUGAUCGCCAACCAUGUCAAGCGGACGCUUGAAGCGGGUAAAUUCGACGAGGCUGCCAAGUUUACGCGGCAGGCCAGCUUAAGGUCCAAGGUGGUCGUGAGCUGGAAUCACCUCAUCGACUACCACAUCCGGCAAGACCGGGUGCACGCCUCGCUGAAGCUGUUUAAUGAGAUGAAGAAGCGCAACCAGAUGCCCAACGCUCAGACGUACACCAUCAUCUUCAGAGGCCUCGCCGCCUCCAGCCACACCGAGCUAGCCGUGUCCGAAGCCUCCAAAAUAUACUUCAACAUGCUCGGUAGCAACUACAUAGAACCCAACACCAUCCACAUGAACGCUGUCCUGCAAGUUUGCUCCAAUGCUGGCGAUCUCGAGACGCUCUUUCGCAUCUCCGAGACCGCAAACGAAACCGCCAGAGCGGCUAACUGCUGGACGUAUAAUAUCCUCUUACAUGCCUUGCGGCGCCGAGCCUCCCGCAAACUCCCCGAGCGCGCUGGGCCGGAGUUUGCUGCCAUCCCGAUCGAACAAGACGUCGAACAGGUGAUCAAGACGGCCAAAAGGAUUUGGGAGACUGUCAUCCUAGAGUGGAGAGCAGGCAAUAUUCUCGUCGACGAACCGCUAGUCUGCGAGAUGGGAAGGAUUCUGUUGCUGGGUGACUAUUUUGAGGCCCUCACCGUCGAGUCGCUGCUAGAGCAAACGAUGAUGAUCCCUUCCGUAGGCAGGGCUGCGAUGCCGGUAGCCGACAUCCCCGGGGGCUCGAAGUCGACCAACUUACAUAAUAUCCCCUACGCACAGCCGGGCAACAACUCGCUUUCUCUUAUCCUGGAAGCACUCGAGAGGAGCCGCAGAACUUCCAGAACCAAGCAUUACUGGGGGCAUUUCAUCCAUCAUCACAAGGUCGUACCCGAUGCCGAUAACUGGCGUCAGCUAUUUAAAGCCCUCCAUCGCGGGUGUGAUAGCGCCGGGGUGAUAUCAUGGCUACGGGCCAUGCCCGCCGAAUUCGUAGGGCUGAGAACGUUCCGGCUGCCCAUGAACACUUGUAUGAGGAACAAUCUCAAUCGGCUAGCUUUCGGUCACGCCACCGAGGUGCUGAACAUAAUGGUUGAGAGGCUUCGAGAUGCCGAUGCGCCAACCCUUAGGACCUAUCUCAUCGUGGCGCAAGCCAAUAAACGCCAUUUCUUCCUGGACGCCAAAGGCGACCGCGAGGCUGCCUUGAAGGCAUACGGCAAGCAGCUCUACAAAGCUAUCGACGCCGUCUGGAAGCACUACAUGUUAUUGGCCAGAAGAUGCGAGGAUCAACGGACCGGGUCGGCCUUGAAAAUGGACGUGAUCGCUCUCGCUCGGCAGAUGAUUUCCGUUUGCGACCGGCUCGUAACAGACAACAUGAUACCUGCGCGUAUGGCGAACAAGACGAUCGGUCGGAGGCGGAAUAGCCUAACCAGGGUCGUCGUCAACCACUUCGAAAAUAUGAGAGAAGAGUAUCCCAAAUUCCGCCAGGGCUUCGACAAGCAAGACGAAGACCAAUACGAAAAGAAGGAGGAGGAGGACUGGUACCCCGAGAAGAACGAUCGUGGCUACAAGGAUUCCGCACAAGGGAGUGAGAGAAGUCGAGACGAACAAGGCCGUGAGGCAGCUAAGCGCCGGUAGCUCUCCAUCUAUCCGACUUCUACGGCGAUGCGCACGCGUAUCUAGCGUGGACCACCAGCAUACGCACGCACGUUUAUAUAUCUAGAUUAAUAUAAGAAUCAGCUGUAUUUAUAUAUAUGGGUUCCUUGAGAAACAGGCCCAAAA